AAGUGCAUGACGCAUUUUUGUUAGUCUCAACUUUCAUAAAAACUGCUUAGUGCUUAGCACAAUUUUACAGUGACAGUCUGACUCUGACACAUAGAGCUACAGCUAUAUCUACUAGUCUAACAAGUAACAGCUGACUUGAUUGACUGAACAAUCCGAACAUUACUUAGAUAUUUUGUUAGAUUAUUUAAAAUAAUAAAAUUAUUAAAAUAUGUGUAAUGUAGAGCAAGUAGCUGAUUGUGGUGAUAUUUUGACAUUAGGUAGAGCACUUUUUAUUCCAGAAAAAGAAGAUGAAACUUGGCUGUCCAAAUGUUCAGUAUCAUUGUCAUCUUGUGGAAAUUUGUUAGCUGUAGGGUAUAAGAAACGUCUAUGUUUCCUAACUGCUCAAUGGAUAAGUUCUAUUGAAAGUAACACUUACUUAGUAUCAUGGAGUGGUACUCUUCCGACUGAAGUAACAUCAAUUCUAGCUUUGUCUAUUUGCCCUACACAACAAUCAUCUCAGAAUGGUCCUGAUUGGUUUUGUAUUGUUGUUGGGUUUAUAAAUGGGAGCGUGGGAUUUUACACCAAUACAGGACAUUUAUUAUUACUUGAAAAGUUAGAAGAGAAGCCUGUUUCUAAAUUAUCAUGCCAUACAGGAACUUUUGGAACACUACCUGAUGAUAUACACAUAAUCUUUCAAAGUGGUGUUUGUGUGCUCUCUGGCUCAAGUUUGUUUCAAACACUUAGAACUGCCAAGGCUCAAUUAGCUAAAGUUCAAGCUGGUAUUUUAGGCGAAUAUUCUAUAGAUAGUAAAAGUAUCCAAAUACGAAAAUGGACAUUUUCCGAACAAGAACAAAUCAAUGAUGCUGCAGUUGUUGGCCUUGAUUUAAAAAAUUCUUUUGAACAUUUCUUAGCGGCAUCAACUUAUGGGGGAUACGAGACCUGGUAUCGUUCUAUUCCUCCUUUAAACACUUUAAUUCUUACAUCUGGUGUUGUACCAUAUAUUGGAUUUCAUUAUGCUUUGGAGGGUGGAACUACACCCCCACUUCAAGAUGUUGCCAGAGCAGUUGCCAAUAAAAUUAAGUCUGCUUUACCGGGUUGGCUUGGUGGAUCGACCGAAAGUGCACCAUCAAAUACUGAACCUGUUAUAAGAGCAGAGCAGUUGUCUAUGCGGAAUGGGGUAUUUGACUCUCAGAGACACGGCACUUCAGUUGUGAUAUCCCCAGAUCGUCGCCUUGCAGCUUUCACAGAUAAUUUAGGAAGAGUGGCUAUUUUGGAUGUCACUAAAGGCUAUAUCGUAAGAAUGUUCAAAGGCUGCAGAGAUGCUCAGUGCGCUUUCAUCCAAAUUUUUGAUGCUGAAAAUAAGAAACCUCAACUUUCUAUGGUUAAAGAAAUGCGUAGAGCUAUGUUUCUUAUCAUUUAUAAUCCAAAAAAGGGUUUAAUUGAUAUAAGAUUGAUGCAAAGAGGAACUAGAGUAGCAGUUUUCACAGCAACGAAAAAUGGGAAACUUUUAUAUAAUACUUGUGGAUUAAUAGGAGCAGAAAAAAGUUAUACUCACAAAAAACUAAACUUGCCUGAGUUCCAAUGUGUACUUAUUGACCCCGAUGGAAAAUUAAAGAAAUUUAACAUUCCAUUUUACUAUUCGCUGGGAGGUGAACAUUUAGAAAGGUCUAAAGAUCUCCAUGUAUUAAGAGGCAUUCGUGACAUCAUAAAAAAGACAACAAAAUUAUCAGAAGAAGCAAAAGUAGAAAUUAUAGAAAGUGUUGAGAAAUUAAAUACACUGGAGAUAAAAAAACAUUGCUUGGAAAUGUUAAUGAAAUCCUGCGAAUCAGAUAUAUUGAUUGCUUGUCUAGAACGCUUUUGGAACAACUUUUCUUGUGAAGACGUACUGAACAAACACGAUGAAAAAAUUAAAAACUAUUUUGGCAAUUUAGCACUGGUGACACUUUUUCAUAGACGUAUAUGCAAUGAAGAUGUUGAUGAUAUGCAAGAUUUAGUUGUUAAAGUACGCGAGGAGUUUGGAGUUUCAGAUAAAAUUGAUAAUGUUACUAACAAUCAAGAAGAUAAUCUCGAAUUUAAUCUUUUGGAAGAUGACAACUGUAUAUUAGAAAGAUUAUUCAUUUUGGCUCAAGAAAGAGACUUUAAAGAACAUCAGGCUAAAGUUACUUUCGCAGAUAAUCGUAUCAGUACGUACAAAGACUUUGUUUCUUGUUUCGAAUUAGAUCAGAGAAAUAAAUAUAUCUCAUUGAAACAAGAUAUACCGACUGAGAAAUUCAAUAAUUUAUCUUGCGAUAUUUUUAAAUCAAUCGUUAAUUUAAAAGAUUAUUCUAGACUGAGUAAUUUUGUCAAGAGUAGCAGAGUCGAUCCGAAAGAAAUUGUAAAGCUCGUCAUUACACACUUGAUGAACAUGUCACUUGAACAGAUAAAUGUAGAUUUAAUUGAAAAUAUUAUAGCAGUUCUUUAUUAUCUGUGCAGUGCCACAGAGGAAGCAACUGAUAUAAUAUACAAUGAAAUAUCUCCAUGGUGGGAGAAUAUUCGCAUAAUGUUGGUGGAACAGCCUUGUCCUUUGAGAAGCAUGAUAGUUGCAAUGGCAUGUAAGGCUGUUGUAAAAAUUUUUGAAACUAAACCUUCAGAAAAAGAUGAUGCAUGGGAAUCCGUGACCAAGGAGAAUGCUAAAUGGGGUAUAUUAAUUGGCAAAUUAGAAGAUAUAUCUAUUUUAAGCAUUGUUUUAUUGUUUAAAGCAGAAUUUAAGGGUGAAUCGAUACCGAAAUUGCCUUUCGAAGACAUAAAUAUUAACUUGAAAUACAUUUAUUCUAGAGGAAAAGGUUCAAUAACUGAGUUGAUUGCUAAGUGGCUUUGUAGUAUGGGUGUGCCGCCGUCUUCAAUAGCGACUAAUGAGCUAAUGGAAAAAUAUGAUCCAGUAUUAAAUUCGGAUCCAAGUUCUUUAGAGGAAGAUGAUAGAGCAGAUAUUCUGUAUAUGGAAAAUCAACGCCACUUUAUUGAUGAUAAUCCACAAAUAUUUAAAUGGCUGUCACUCCUUCGGCGACAAUUUCCUCUUAGCACGACAACUGACUACAUAAUUGCUAAUAUGUCGUGGGAAUAUGCCAUGGACUGGCAGAAAUGUAUGAAAAAAACUGAUAAUUUAGAAGUGGUUAUACAUUGCUUGCAAAUUAUAACAAACGUACGUUUAAGGUUGGGCAUGUAUUCAAUUAUUUGGUCAACAUACAUAAAACACGUUUUUGAAACAUGUUGUCGUCUAGUCAAUAAAGUAGGGAAAUUACCUAAAGAUCAUUUAUGUUUACAAGAUGUCGGAUUUAAAAGUGAAAGUUUAUUAAGUUUCUUAAAAAGUUGUUCUCAUUAUUUAGACGAGUUCUAUUCUUGUUCUACAAUGUUUUCUGAUGCAGAAAAACAAUCUGUACAAUUUGAAAAGAUAUGGGACGAAAGCGUUCCAUCUUUAGUUGAAGUAGCACAAGAUACUAAAAAUGAGAAUAGUGAAAUACUAAAAUUGAACUAUCAAAUAGCUUGUACACUUUAUUAUCAAUGCCACUUUAAAUUAAAGUUUUCAAAGCCUUUGGACAUUCUUUACGAUAUCGAUUAUCAAUAUGUUUUGGAAGCCCUAACUGGAAACGUUAUACAGCGCGAUGUUACCGCGAAAUGUUCAGAAAAACUCACGAGUCCUAGAAUGAAAUUUUUAACGAAACUAAUUCGAAAUGCUAUCGAAACUAUAUCUUGUGAGGAAAACAAUGAAAAGUCGUUAUCAUAUCAUGAUGAAGAAUGUGUACUUUGGAUUCAAAAAAUAUGCUCUCUUGCUGAGCUAUGGGACAUCGACAAUAAUUUUGUAUUUCGGCAGGAAGUAAUUGGCUUAUACCAUAUGGGCUAUGACGAAAUAGCAGAGUCUGUACUGAGCAUGAUUAAAGAACCAGAGUUGCUGUUAGUACCAAUAAUAGCAAUCACAAUACAGCGUCUCAAACGAAAUUUGGAAAAUUCUAAAAAUCAGGCAGAAUGGAUUGUAUCAAUGCCACCCCAACUUUACAAACGACUACAGAAUACGGUUUUAGAUACAUCAAUACCGGCUAGCCCGUCAUUACCAACAACAGUACUCGUUUUACAAAAAAUAUUAUCUGAAAUCGAGAAAAAGUCUUCAGAAACGGAAGAUCUGCAGCAAAACGUUAAACUGUCUCGACUUAUAAUUGAAAGCUGUGAACUAUUAAUAAGACGUAAAUUAUAAUAAAGUUAUAUUUAUAAAAUGGUUAAUUAUAACAUAUAAUAAGGAUGUU